GAGUACAGCAUGCCCUCCACCCACGCCAUGUCCGGCACCGCCAUCCCCAUCGUCUUGGUCCUCCUCACCUAUGGCCGCUGGCAGGUACUAUCAACACUUGACUUAAUGAAGAGGGUCAAAUUAUGUCAAGGCUUUCAGUGUGGUUGACUGCGAUAGUGAAGGUGGAGACCAUUUUUUGUGGAGCUUUGGAAGCAUUUACAUUCAGAAGGAGGCAAAGGGACUGGAAGAAGACUGUGAUGAAAGAGAACCAAAGGACUGUGGUGUUUGGUUUCAAGAUGGGAAAGAGGGGCGGAGUCAACGUUUUCCAAUGCAGAUAUUUACUACCCUUAGAUGCCACUCCUGCUAUGGAGAAGAUUGAAGAGCAAUUUGCUAAUCUGAACAUUGUUAAACGUUCCUCAGGAACUGAAGAGCCUACUUAUCUGCUUGGCAUAGACACAUCCAAGACUGUACCAGCAGAAAAAGGGAGCUUGGUUGCUGUUUUAUGUUCUAAUGGGUUAAUCAGAAUAUAUGAUAAAGAAAGGUUAAACAUAGUACGAGAAUUUAGUGGACAUCCUGGACAUCUUAAUGGUGUCAAAUUUGCAAAUUCUUGUGACAUUGUAUAUUCGUCAUGUACCGAUAGCACAAUAAAAUGUUGGGAUGCUCGAUUAACCAGUGACAAACCUGUGCAGCUUUUCAAGGGUUAUCCUUCCAAUAUAUUUAUCAGUUUUGAUAUCAGCUGUAAUGAUCAUGUCAUUUGUGCUGGUACAGAAAAAGUUGAUGAUGAUGCAUUGUUGGUAUUUUGGGAUGCAAGAAUUAAUUCUCAAGAUGUGUCUACUACUAAAGACCCACUUGGUGCAUACUCAGAAACACAUAGUGAUGAUAUCACUCAAGUAUGUUUCCAUCCCAGCAAUCCCAACAUGGUAGUCUCAGGUUCCACAGAUGGCCUGGUAAAUGUAUUUGAUAUUAGUGCUGAUAAUGAAGAAGAUGCACUGGUUACAACUUGUAACUCAGUUUCAUCAGUUAGCUAUAUUGGUUGGUCUGGGAAAGAUUAUAAACAGAUAUACUGCAUGACACAUGAUGAAGGGUUUUAUUGGUGGGAUCUUAAUCAUCUGGAUACUGAUGAACCAAUUACAUGUUUGAACAUCCAGGAUGUCAGAGAAGUAAUGAAUUUGAAAGGAGGUGUUUUGGACUAUUUGAUUGGUGGCCUAUAUCAUGAAAAGAUGGACAAAUUAUUUAUUGUUGGAGGAACAAACACAGGAGUUAUUCACUUAAUGAGCUGUACUACAUCAGGAUUGAGCCAUGUGACCAGCCUUCUGGGAGGGCAUGCUGCUACAGUCCGCUCUUUCUUUUGGAAUAUGCAGGAUGAUUCUCUGCUGACUGGAGGAGAAGAUGCACAGUUGUUACUUUGGAAACCAGGAGCAAUAGAGAAGAAAUUUACAAAGAAAGACAACAUGAAAAUAGCAUCCUCUGUGUACCAGCGAGUUCGAACUCACAGUAACGAUUCUUACCAGAGAAGGAAAAAGCAGUGAUAUUACAUUGAGAGUUUACUUGUUAGAUUUUAUAGUUGCAAAUAAUUAUUUUUGUGUACUACCUGAGGAAGACAUGUUUAAAGUUCAUAUGUAAAAACAAGCCAGUUAGCAAACAGUCCUGGAAAAAUGUUGAGAAUGGUUUAAUUCAAUCUUCACGUAUUCUAAAAUUAUUUUUUAAAGGCACCAUUUGACUAUGUAAUCAGUGAAUUGAAAGUAAAAUUACUUUCCUCAUUUCUAAAACCCAUCUGUUGAGUUAGUAAAUGUUGGGUUUUAAAAAAUAGCUUUGAUAAGAACUUUUUAGAAGUAGAUGGCUGGUGUUACUUAAAAAAACAGGUGGUUUGGGCUGUUUUUUUAAGCUCAAUUUUUUACAUUUUAAAUCUUUAUUAUUUACAAAACAAAUGAGACUUUUUUUCAUUUGAGUAGCUCCUACUUGCCUAAUACACAAAGGUUACCUUGGAGUAUUUAAAAUAAAUAUUCUAAUGAGUCUAAAUAAAAAUAAAAUGAUUUGACGUCUAUUUAAUGAAAAUGCUUAGUAAAUAUUUGCAUCUGUACUUAAAUAUUGUAGGUUUAACAGUGACAGGUAUUUCACUGAUGAAAAGGAAAUUAUUUUGUAAAAUUCAUUUUGAGACUCAAAGUGAAUCUACAAAAAUAAAAGUAUGACAGCAGAAUGGCUUUUUAUUUCAAAA